AAUGGAGGAAAGAAUUGUCUAAUUUGCACCAUUUUUAGCAAGCAGAGCUAAUGAAAUAGCUUAAUUGUAAAAUGCCCUUAAAAGCAAAUUUCUAAAUUCUACUGCUUAGCCAUUUUAAGUGAUCCAUAAACACAUGAGAAGAAGAGCCAUGUCACAUAAUCGAUAUCGUAUACCUAGUUCAGUAGAUCAUUAUUUUUAUUAUUAGUUAAGAAAAAAGAUGUAUGCUCCAGGUUUAGAAGAGAGAGACAUGAAGUAAAAAAUACCAAAAUGUAGAAAACAUUUGAGAAAACGAAGAGAUUUAAUUUUUAUGAAUAGAUCAAAUAAAAUUUUAUGGAUGGAAACUCACUUAUAUUAGGUCAAGAGAAUGAAAAUGAUUAAUUACUGUGGAUUUAAAGUACCAGAAAAAGCAAAUGAAAAAAAUUUCAGAGCAGUUCAUAGAUAUUUUGAUCAUGGUAGUAUGAUUUUUGAUGCUUCAUAUUAUUAAAUUGUUGAGGGUAGCCUAGAAAAUGAAUUAAUUGUUGAUGAUCACACUAUUAUACAUCCUUAAGAAUUACCAGAUACCGAUUUUGUUGUUCAUAAUAAUAAAUACAAUAUUUUUUAAAUAAUUGGAAGAGAAUCCUUAUCAAUUGUUAAUUCUUUAUUAAACAUUUUUAAUUGUUCAAUAGAUGGACAAACACAUAAAUAUUUCAGUUUUAAUUAUUAAUAUGAGAAGAUUUAAAGUGUUACUACAAAGAAGGGUAGAAAAAUAAAGACACUUGAUGAUUAUGAUGAAGAGAUGAAAGACAUGUAUGAAACAUUUGAAAAUAAAGGAGAUGAAGACAUAAAUAGAUCAGUUUGGUAAAUAGAUUAAAAUUAAUUUAUGAAGAGAUUUAAAAUAGAUACAAGAAAUAGAUAUACACAUUAGAGAAGCAAAAAAUAAAUAUUCAAAAGAUAAAAAUAAUAAUCAUAAUAAUAAGUUGUACCAUAAGUCCAAAUUGAUAUUAUGAAAAAAAAAAAAGCAAUGAGAUGGUUAUUAAAUUAAAUGGAUAAAAAUGAGAAUGACAUAAGUGUUGAAUUAUAUGAUUAAAAUGAAGCAGAAUAGAAACCUAAUCAAGAAAUUUAAAUAGAAUAACCUGAUAUUUAAUAAUAAAAUCCAUUAAUUUAAGAAGAUAUUUAAAAGAAUUAAUAAAAUACUACAUUAAAACCUAAAGAUGUUCAAAUAAAGAUUUUAAUUAUACCACCAUCAAAUUAGUAAAAGAAAUAAAUUGAUAUUGGAUACAAAUUGAUUAUUAAUUUGGGAGGAGGAUUAAUAGUAUGGAGAUUGUUCAAUUAAUUAAAAUUAAAACCUGUUGGUUUACGUGAUAUUCGUUAAAUAUGUUUGGAAAAUAAUUUAUUAUUUAAUGAAUACGAGAAUGAGGAUCUUAUAGAAAAAUAUCUUAAGAGCACUAAUAAAAUUAAUUAUUUAGCUUUACAGUUUCCAUAUCCAUUUCAAUUUGAUUUUUCAUUAUAUCCAUCUUGGUGUUCUUGUCAUUUAAUUGCAUAUAAAAAUGUACCUAAAAAACAAGCAUUAAUCCUAUAACCAACAGAAUAAGAUUUUGAACUCUUAAAAAAUAAAAUAUAUAAAAUCCAUAUAAAAAGAACAGAGGAUGAAAAACCAAAAAUAAGUAAUAGAGUUGAAAUAUUAUAAUAUGAAAAAAGACUAUCAGAAAUAUAAUAGAAACGAAAAAUAUUGGGUGUAAUAACUUUUGGAAAUAUAUCAUUAUAACAUGGGAAGGGGAUAGGAUAAGGAAAAAUAGAUGGAAAAUUAGCUGGUAAAGACAUUAUUGUUCUCUUUCGUAAUCAUGAUUCUGAAUAUUGUUUCUUUGCAGAUUGUAAAGUAAAUAUUAUUUGA